UUAUUAUAUCUAAUUAUUUAUUUGUAGGUAUAAUAUUAUGUUUGAAUAUAGUAAGUAAUAAGCUGGCAGUAUUGAUAGACAGUUUAGGAUAGUAUUGCGGCACAAAUUACUUCAAAUAUGUAUUCUACUGCCAUAACUGUGAGUUCGAAUUAAAAAGAAAACGACACUACCAGAUCAGGUUUUUUACCUUAAUUAAAAUGUACAUACUAACACUACCACGUGUAAAAAUUUUAUUCGGAUUCGGUAUAGCUUGCCUACUGGUGCAGCUUUUAUUUGUCAGCUACUACAACGAAAUACGUCUCUUCUACAAUAAUCUGUGUAAUAAUAUAGUAAAACACGAUGUCCCAUCAACCCACCCUGAGCCAAGACAUCACCUCAACCUUUCCAGUAUUCUGGAUAUGAUUGAAGAUAAAAUUCAAACCAAUGAAACAAAAGUCAUUCAUCUCACGUUGUGUCCACAAAUACCACCUGCCUCAAAUGAAAAAGUGUCUGUGCUUGUGCCUGCUCGGGAUAAGUUGGAAGAAGUGGCGCAACAGUUAUCAUGGCUGAGGCUUUUAGAAGGAGGUCACCAAAUGCCUUUGGACUGCCAAGCGAGGUACAAAAUUGCAAUCAUAGUACCUUAUAGAAACCGACUAUCAAACCUCUGCACGUUACUUUUAAAUUUACAUCCGUUUUUAACUAAACAACAGUUGGAUUAUACUAUUUUUGUCGUAGAACAGUUCAAUAAGAACUUAACUGUACAAGACGAUGGACUAUUUAACCGGGGCAUGUUAAUGAACAUUGGAUUUACCGAAGCAUUAAAGUUAUACGAUUUUGACUGUUUCUUUUUCCAUGACGUAGACCUAAUACCAUUGAAUUACAAAAACCUAUACAGUUGUCCGGAUCAACCGAGACAUAUGGCAUUAGCUGUUGACAAGAGGAAUUUCAGACUUCCGUACUUUGAAUACUUUGGUGGGGUGACGGCCAUGAGUCAAACGCAUUUCAAGCUGAUCAAUGGAUUUAGUAACAUGUUCUGGGGAUGGGGUGCCGAAGACGACGACUUGAGGAAUCGGGUCAUUGCUAACAAACUAAGUAUUACCAGAUAUCCUUCGGACGUGGGACGUUAUCAUUCAUGUUCACACCACUAUCAAACGCCCAACCCGAAAAGGUUAGAGCUGCUUGGUUCCGGCUGGAAGCGUCAAAAAACGGACGGACUUAACAGUCUCAAGUACCAGUUAAUUGCACUGAAGAAAUUUCAGGUAUUCACGUACUUGCUGGUGGACCUAUCUGAUAAUCUCAGUUGAAGGACAAUAAUGAUGUGGUGCUAAUCAACAAGCCACUUAAAAAAAAACCA